AUGAAAGUGGUUCUAUCCGGCAGUACGGGGUACAUAGGUGGCGAAGUUCUGAGAGAAUGCCUUGACCACCCGUCCAUCACUUCAGUCAUUGUCCUCACUCGCCGAGACCCUGGCAGCAUAGCCGACAACGCCAAGGCCAAGGUCAUCAUCGUGAAGGACUUCACUGCCUAUGACGAAGCGACUAUCAGCGAGCUGAGGACCGCCGACGCCGCGAUUUGGUGCCUGGGCACCAUGACCGGGGAUGAGCGGGUUGACAUUGAGUUCCCUCUCGCCUUCAUUAAAAUCAUCAAGACACGGCCCAUCGGGUCCAAGCCCUUUCGCUUCGUGCAGCUGAGUGGUGCGCUCACUGAGCCGCCUCCGAAGGAUGGCCAGCAGGCGCGGGCUUUGUGGUUCUUCGCCAAUGGUCGUCGCGUGAGGGGUUUGAUGGAGGCGAAAGUCCUGGAAACCGCUGAAGAUGCUUCCCCGGCCGAGUAUGCCGUCUAUCUCGUUAAGCCGGCGGGUGUCGCGCCGAAGACUACGACCGGAACUAUCCUGCGGUGCAUCAUGGGCGACUCUCUUUCCAUUUCCAUCCGCGAUCUUAGUCUCGCUGUCGUCGGCCUGGCUGUGAAUGGUAAUGAGCAGAAGGUGUUGAGUAAUCGAGAGAUCAUGAGCUAUGCAAGAAGUCUACGAGAGGGGACAACCUAG